AUGUGGAAGCCCACAGUCAACUUCCUCGUAGUGCAUUAUGCAUGGAUCAUUUCCUUGAGUAUCCUUAGCUUGGUUAUCAUCUACCCUUAUGGAAACAUGAAAGCAAUAGACGCCUUCUUCUUCGGCGCAAGUGCUUCUACAGAGUCGGGGCUCAACACUAUCGAUCUCAAAGAACUCAAAACAUACCAACAGGUGUACAUCUACCUGAUUCCAAUCCUGGGCAACUUAGGGUUUGUCAAUAUCAUCGUGGUCAUCGUGAGGCUUCACUGGUUUGAAAAGCAUCUCCGAGCUGUCUCCUCAUCGCUUUUGGAACCGGAAGCACCUAAAGGACGAAAUGCCAGCUUCGACGUGGAAGCGGGGCCAGACAAGAAGCAAGGCUUUCACAACAAGAGACAGCCCGAGUCUCGCUAUGAAUCCACCGGAGAUAAGCCGAAAGAGUCUGUUUUGGGCUCUGAGAACCAAAUAGACCUAGAACACAACCCAACGGAAACCGAACAGGAGCACACAUCUCACACAGCCUCUCUGCUUGCCACAAGAACUAUUCAGUUUGGGGAUGAGACUCCAGAGUAUGAUGGACAAACCAAGGCCCUCUACAUCCCUCCUCCAUGGAAACGAAGUCCCAUUGUGGAAAUUGAGAAUGAAACCAACGACUGUGAUGAUGCAGGAUCAACGAAACUGAAACCCACAGACUCGAACAUCCCCGGGCCAUCAUCCUUCCAGCGAACAACUAGCAACAUGAAGUCCACCACACGUCAACUAGAGCGUGUUGUUUCGAUAAUGUUUCGUCCUGGUGGAUCGGCAAGCUUUGAUACAAGUCCCCGACAACGAUCAACCCAAGAAAAACCAACCUACAAAGCAUUGGCCCUUCCCAAUAUUUCCUCGCAAGCCUCCAUGGGCCGGAACUCACAAUUCUACAACUUGACUUCUGAAGACCGGGAGAGACUCGGCGGUAUUGAGUACCGCAGCUUGAAACUCUUGCUCAAAAUUGUCACGGCAUAUUUCAUUGGGAUACACCUUUUCGGUGCUAUAUGCCUCGUGGGAUGGAUACAGCAUGCCGACCCGAAGUAUCGCGAGUACCUUGCUGAAUGUGGACAAGACAAUGUGUGGUGGUUAGUUGACCUUCUUACAAAAAUUGACAAACUUGCUGAACAUAGUCUAGGGGAUUUUACUCCGCUCAAACAAUGGUGA